AUGUUACCUCACCAUCGUCUGUCAUAUGUUUCACAUAAUGAAAAAUCUCUUCUUACAAAGAAAUCUAUAUCACAGAUUGACAAUCAUCAUGAAUGUGAUAAGCAGUCGUUAUCAAGUAAAACAAAUAAAAUUGUCUAUUUCCCACAAUAUAAAAGUGACCAAGAACGAUUAGAUACAAUUGUUCAAACAUUCAAAAAUCAACAGAAAACAGUACAAUUUAGUUCAUUAUGUGAACAAAUAUUUAGUAAAAAAUUAAAUUCAAAUAAAUUUAAUAUACAUUCAAAGUGUACAAUUAUUGGAACUGAUAGAACAACGUAUGCAACCGUGUGUUAUUUAGCAAUUCAAAAUUUUGUUAGUCAAGUCAUUAUCUAUGAUCCAACAACGAUAUGUUCCACUUACUUAAAUGAUCUUUUAUGUGCAUUUAACAUUUGUAAACAGACACGAAAUAUUCAUAUAUCUAUAUCAUCUGACAUACAGAAAACAUCUGAUUCGAAUAUAAUUAUAAUUAGUCAUACAAAAGAAUAUGAAAAUGAUAAAACAAAAUUUUCAUUCAAAGAUGGAUCAACAGAAAUUUUUGAACGUUUCAAACAAUCAAUAAUUAUUGAUUCAAUUGUAAAGAUGAGUCCAAAUGCUGUUUUUCUAAUUAGUGCAUAUCCAACGGAUUACAAUUGUCUACUUAUUAAAUCAUUGGGAAAUUUAAAAUCAUGGCGUGUAUGUGGUACAGGAACAAGUCUUCAUUGUCAAAGAUUGAAAUAUAUUUUAUCCCAAUUACUAGACAUCAAUUCAAAGAAUUUGACCGGUUUUUGUUUAGGAAAUGAUUUAGAGCAAUGGAAUCCAUAUUGGCCGAGUAUAACAUUGAACGGUUUAUCUAUAUCACAAGAGAUGAGAACAGUAGAGAAUAAUAAAACUAUUGAACAAAAUAUAAAUAUGAAUCAAUCAAGUAACGAUACAACACAACGUCGACAAAAGAAAAUAUCAACUAAGGAGAAUGUAUCGUCAUUGUCGAAUAAAAAAUUACAAUUACAAACACGAAAGACGCCGACACAUACUUAUCUUGAUAAAAAGACAUCGUUACGUAUACAAGAAUGGUUACGGCUAAGUUCAUCCAAGACAACAAUAAAAUAUAUGAAAGAAUCUAAAUCAAAAAAUGAAAAUAGUUUUUAUUCAAUUAAAAAAUUUGUUAAAACAUCAAGAAAAAAACAAUUACAUUCAAAAUCGAAUGAUUUAAUAAUAAAUACGUUGUUUUUAGUAGAUAAAAAUGAUAAUAAGACUAUUUUUCAAAAUGACAAUAUGAAAAUGCAACAGAAAGAGAAACACCAAUUGAUUAUGUUUGAUCAUGAGACUUCAUUUUAUCCAACAAUAAAAAACUUAAUUUGUGAUCAUUUACAAAAAUGGCAUUGUCUACUGAAUGUAUGCAAAAGUCAAUGUUCGUAUUUAAGAGCUAUAACAUUAUCAAAUAUUUUACAUUCUGUUGCAAGUAAUUCCGAUACUAUUCAUAUUUUAUCAACAAAUGUUGAAAAAUAUAUUCAACACAAAGACAAUGGGAAAAUAAAUUUAAUUAAUCUUGAAACCAAUGAUCUAUUUGUUAGUAUACCAUCGAUAAUACGUCGAUAUGGCAUCUAUACAUUGUUAAAUUUUAAAUCACAAAUGAUAAUGAAGGAACAAGUAAAUAAAUUCAUUGAGAGAAAUGCACAUUAUUGCUCAAUUAUGAAUUAUCCACAACAAAAAAUACAAUUAAUCUAUGAUUUGGUACCAUGUUUCGAUAGUACUGCUAUAAAGAAACCAGUUGAAUUAAUUAAUUCCCAUCGAUCAUUACAAUUGGAACAAGAUGAAGAACAAUAUUAUGAAAAUUGA